CAAUUGUCAUAUGUCAAUGUCACUGUCAUGGUGGUAUCAUGUUGGAUUGCAAUCGCGUUUGGAUAAAAAAUGUUAAUCAUUUUUUUAAAUGCUAUUAAGUGUAUUUACGUAAAAUAAAUGAAUUUAAAAUGUUAUGGAGGACCAACCUGUGGUGUCUAAAGCGACGCCUAAUUGGCAGAACUGUGUUCACUGUCCAAAUUUAGUCUUCAACAGUGCCCCUGAAUUUGAAAGGCACAUACAAGACAAGCACGCCCUAAAGGAGGGUUCUAUAGUACUGUGUCAAUAUGGACAGAAUGGCAUAUGUUCCGCGUUGCAAUUCGGAGAUUUGCGGAAAGCUGGUUUCAAGUAUCAUGUCAGAGAAUAUCACUCAUUCACAAGAGACGCUAGUGACAAUUGGACAUUUUACUCAUCAUCACAAAAUCUACCCGCUGUCCUCAAUGACCCCAACAGAGGCAAACAAAGCAACUUCUUCACCAAAACCUGGGGAGAUAGCUUUGUAGAAAAGAUUGAUGUACCUCCAAGCCCGUUCCUCCCUCAGAUAUCUCUGGCUCACUUUGAAAGUUAUUGUAAAAGAAUUGCAAAGAGAUACAGAAGGCAUAGCAAGUUAAAAGAAUUAGCAUCACUUAAAAGUAAAACCCCUGUAGUGGAAAAUGACUGUGAGGUGCCUCAAAUUUUUUACGAGCCCACAUUUAAACUAAGUGACCCAGCUGUUUUCAGCCAAGUUUUCCCCAACCUUGAUGAAUCUGAGGAUCCGACUGGCACAGUCCGAUCUCUGCAAGAAACACUUAGUACUUACUUGGAUGUCAUUGAAAUGAAGAUCUCCAAACAGGUAGCCCAGAAGUCAGAUGCCUUUUUUCAUGCAAUGCUGUCUCAUGAUACCAUAAUGGAACAAAUGGCCAAGGCAGUUAAAACUGUACAGAAAACAAGACUUAGUCUUGGUGAGGUGAAAUCAAAUCUAACUGAAUGUCCUCUCAAAAUAGUAAGCUUGACAAGAAUCAACAAGAAUAUGACAAAUGUACAUGAUAUUCUGAAGCUGAUGGGCACAGUGCAGCAGACCCAGCCCAUGAUACAACUGCUGCUCAGCACUUCUGACUAUGUUGCUGCUCUGGAUUUGAUUAGUUCAACUCAGAGAGUGCUAGCUACACAACUAUCGAAAAUUCAAGCAUUUCGACAUUUGUCUCCACAGCUUACAGAAAUGAAACGAUUAAUACACAAAAUGUUAAGUAAUGAGUUUCAGAGGUUCAUAGUGACAGAUCUCAACCGGCCUCCCUCUGACCACACAGAGCUCCCGGACCGGGACAAGCUUGUGUCCAUUGUAUCUGGGAUCCUCAGACUAAAAGAAUUUGACUUUGUGGACACCUUCAAAACUGAGGCUAUGACCUCCAUACAGGCAACUGUGAAGCAAUGUGUCAUAGAAAUUAUAUCAGAAAGAGAUGGCAACACAGAAAUUGUUCUAAGAGGGUCUAACUCUGACAACACAUGGUUAUUGUGCAAUGAAGGAAUUACUUUCCUGCAGAAGGUAUCCCCAAAUUUAAUUAAUUUGUUUAAAAGAAUUGUGUGUAUAUCAGAUUUAAUCAAAGAAGUAAGUCAAAUGGACGAUGUUGCUGGAAAUGAUAAUGAAGAAGUGUGGACCAAACAAGAGGUCACCAGUUUAGAUGAGAGGCUCAACAAAGUGGUGGUCUCCCUGUCAGAUUAUUGCAACGAACGAUGUGCCAACCUCAUAGUCACCAAAACUGAUAAAGACUAUGUAUUUUCAGAUCUAACACAGCUAUCUAAAUUAUCCAAUUUAAUUGAGGAUUUCUCUGCAGAAUGUGAAGCUAUUACUGGUCAUAACAGCAAUGCUUUGAAAUUAGCUUUGAGGAGCUUUUCCAUGAAGUUCAUACAAAGCCUACACAGCGAUAGAAGAGCCCAGCUCACCUCUAGCCUGAACUCAGAGAGGUGGAAGGCAGCAGAUGUGCCUAGUGAACUGCAGAGUGUUGUCAACAAAAUUUGUGAAUGUGGUGACCUUCCAACAGUGUUGGAAUACGAAAGUGGAAAGACAGAUGGUAAAUAUUUGGUGAUAAACAAGGAGGAGUUUGCGGUGGUGGCGACGGCGCAGCUGCUGGUGAAGAUCGUGCUGGAGUACGGCGACGCGACGCGGCGGGCGCCCGGCGCCGCGCAGCUGCUCGUGCACUGCCUGCUGGAGCUGGCGCGGCUGUUCAACUCGCGCUGCUGCCAGCUCGUGCUGGGCGCCGGCGCCAUCGCCAGCGCCGGCCUCAAGACCAUCUCCACCUCCAACCUGGCGCUCGUCUCCCGCUCCUUGCAGGUCAUCCUGUGGCUCCUCCCACUUAUUAGAAAACACUUAGAGAAACAACAUUCUGAGGAGUUGGCACUCAACGGCUUUGAAACUGUUGUAAACGAUAUGACUAGCCAUAAGAAAGAGAUAGAAAACAAAAUAUGCCUCAUAGUUAGUAACAUGCUGAGCUCCCAGCUGACGGGGUGGGAGGCCAAGCCUCCCGUUCCUUCUCAAACAUUCCGAAAUAUUUCUAAGCAUUUAGUUAAAUUGCAUGAGGCGUUGGUAGAUAUCUUGCCAAAUGAACAAAUAAGAUACAUUUAUAAGCAAGUGCAUGAAAACUUUAAAGUAAAAUUAAAGGAGCAACUUGCAAAGAUGAACAUCGUGGCCAACGGCAGCCCGCAGCACGGCGUCGUCACCUCAGAACUUACUUUUUAUUUACAGACAUUAAAAACCUUAAGAAUAAUUAAUGACAAUGAUGUGGAAGAUAAUAUUUUGUAUGAUAUAUGGUUAAAUUAAGAUGUUUGAUUGAGGGUUUGAGGAUCCAAAGAUUUUGUUUGAUAAAUUGAUGCACUCGGCCUUGAUUGUUAUCUAGGUGUGGUUAGCUUAAAGUAUGUUUUAUGUUUAUGGUGCUUUAUAAUCCAGUCAAAUACUGUAUGCCUGUGUAAAUAAUAUUAUGUAUUAUAUUACCUUCACUGCAUUUUAAAGGGUUUUCUACAUUUUAUUCAUUCAACGUCCAUCAUAGUCAUCCUGUAAGUUAUGGAAAUGAUAAGUAUUUGUUGGUACCUAAUUUAUUUUGUUGUUAUUUCAAGUUGUACAGAUUGACAAGUCCAACAUAACAUAAAUCAAUGAUGAUAUUAGAUAAAGUUUUAAUAAAUAUUUAAUGCAUUUAC